GUGUCUGUGGAUCCCAGGCUGUGAUGGCGGGUAGAGAGUUACGUCUCCUAGUUGUGCUGGAAGCCGUUUCUCUGGCUCAUUCUCUGUAACCGGGCGAGGAGGGGUGGCCUUUAGGGUUCGCCUUGAUCGGAGGGGUCCGGUUCCUGCGCUCCCACCCGGGCCGCAUAAUCUCUCCAAGCACCUUUCCUUCCUCUUGGUUAUGGCUUGACGAACCCUUAAGGGCUCGUCGGCCAACGUUGUGGCGCAUUCAGGAGAAGGACGAGGACCCUUUACUCGAGGGGAGUAAAGACAGUGCUUGGAAGAUGACGGGUCUAGUCGUCCUUGACUUGCUGCUCAAAGUGCGUGGAAACUGGCAGAACCUCAGGCUCCCCUCCAGAUGGAAUUCAAACCCACGUUGUAAACAUGCUCAGAGUGAAGCCAGACUUCCCGUCCUGCCAGCCUCACCCCUUUGGCAGCUGGUACGCACAACAGCAGAGCGGUUAUCCUCCUGGCUACAGCUCUGGCUGCGGGGCGGGUGGAAAUGGACCCAACCUUUAUUCUGUGUGUGAGACCUCCAUUUACCCGGCUGAGACUUCGCUUCCACCCAAGGAAACCACACCUCUCGCUGAAAACCAAGAUGAAGAUUCACUCGAAGAUCCAAAUCUCCACUUGAAUAUUGAGGAACUCAACAAAGAGUUUAUGGUGAAAAGUGAAGAGCUCUACCAAUCUCUCAUGAAUUGCCACUGGCAGCCUCUCGAUACAGUGCACUCAGAAAUCCCAGACAAGACCCCCCAAGAGCAAGAUGCUUAUUAAGCUACCCAACUAACAUAGAUUGUGUCUUGUUUUGUUUCUGUUUUAAAAAAAAGUUCUCCGAGGAAGGCACUGGAUUGUGUAUGUAAAUACAGAUUCCCAGGACUUAAACCUGAUUGAGAUGAGAGAAUGUAAUGUAAAUAAACUUGACCAGCGCGUUCA